UUUUAGAAGCCCGGAGCCGGAGCCAACAAAUAGCAAAUAACCAGCACUGGUCUAAACAAUAGUAUUUAAAGAAAAAAUUAUCCUCGGAGUAGUUACAUACAUAUUCCACACGAUUACAUACACCACACGAUUUUGGUCUAAACAAUAGUAUUUAAAGAAAGAGCUAUCCUCGGAGUAGUUAUUCUUCAUUCAAAUCAAAAUUUUCUAAAAUGACUGUAACAGUGCCAAAGUGCAACGACGAUACAAAUACAGACGUUACACAGGAGUCCAUUCAAGUUCAACCGCAAAUAUUAGAAACUUACAACCAAAAUACAUCAAAACCGGCGGGCUUUGGACGAACGCCGCAAAAGGCUUAUUGUCCCAAAUGUGAAGAAAAUGUUUUGACAAAAAUCAAAUAUGUGUGUGGUAUGGCUACUUGGUUGCUGGUCUUUCUCUUUAUGCUCUUCGGUCUUUAUUGUGGCUGUUGUCUUAUUCUAUUGUGCAUCAAGAGUUUUAAGGAUGUUGAACACCGAUGCUCUUAUUGGUACAUGUGGACGUAUGGCAUGUGA